AUGGAUCAAGCAAAUGAUGAAUGGCCUGCGAGAAAGAGAUUGAGGACGUCGCAUGCAUGUGAUGCUUGUCGUACCCGCAAGACAAGAUGCGAUGGAAACAAUCCUUGCGCAACAUGUGCGUCGAUCGGCCAUGAUUGCACGUACGGAUCUGAAGCCAACUCGAGGAGCAAGAACGAUCUCAUCCUAGAAAGUGUUCUGCGGGUCGAGAAAACCCUACACGAGCUGAGAUCUGCCAUCCCGAACGGUGUUCAACUUGCCCACUCACCUCAAACAAAUCGCACCAACUCAUUCUCAGGCUCCUCGCCAGAUCUGAACCUCCGUCGGCAGAGUCAUGCGAUCCAAACGCCGACCAGUCAAGACCAACGUGAGAAUGUCAACAACCUUGAGAAUGCGGUCUUGGACUCUAUGCAUACCUCGACAACUGAGUCGAUACUCCAAUGGCCUCACUUUGAUGUCUUUCCGCUGCUCCGACACGAUGGAGACUCGAUCUUCUAUCUUGAACAGGCACGACCACCGCUAGCAGUGGCAGCGAAUCCCAUGUAUCCCUACGUCGAUGCUGAAGACAUAACCUCGAUGCUGGAGGCAUUUGAACGAAACAUCAACUUCUGGUACCCUUCCAUGUCACAAGAACAGCUCGGCAACCUACGUGCAACACUUCAAACCGGGAUGCCUUCAGAGGAUACAGUUCACUCUUGUCUUUGUUUACUCACCUUGGCUUUGGGAUGUGCAAGCCAAGCUGUCGAAGACCUUCGUUUUACUGCUGAGCCCGAUGCAGCAGAGAAAGACAGAAGACUUCGGAAGCGGAAGCUUGGUGACAUCUACUUCCAACUAGCUCUCAAGAAGCUCCAUGUCGCGCAUCUGCAAGUUGACUCCCAAAGCACCCAAUGCCUCUUCUUCACAGCCCUUUACUUCGCCUCUUUGGUCCGGCCACUUCAAGCUUGGGAGUACCUCAGUGCCACAGCGACGAGAUGCAUGCUGCUUUUGUCGUACCCGCCAAACACACACGACGACGAAGCGGAAGAGCGCAUUAGAAGGAUGUUCUGGUCAUGCUACAUUCUAGAAAGUGAUUACAUGGCUGAGCUCUCAGCAUGUCCCCCUUCAGGAAUCGCUCGCGUCGAGUCUUCCAUCCCCUUACCAAGCACAUAUCACACGCACCCAUCCGAAAUUGUAGAAGAGGAAUCUUCUCUCUACUUCUUGGCCUGUAUUAGUAUGCGACGCCUCCUCAAUAGAGUUCACCAACUACUUUACGCAAAGGAUGCCGGCGCCGCUUUCGAUCACACUCGUUUUCCACGUAUCGUCGCUGAACUCCAGCGUCAACUGGAUGAUUGGCGCGAAGUUUUACCAGCGUCGUUCUCCUUCAGUAUAGAUACAGAAGAGGCAGCAACGGCGGCUGGUGGCUUUCUUCGACAGCGAUAUCUCACCUGCAAGGGGGUGAUCUACCGACCAUACCUGAUGUGGAUGCUAAGCACUAGCUAUGCUGAAACGAGGGUGCCUUCAAUACCAGAUGCUAUGCAGAACUGCAAGUUAUGUCUCGAUGCUUGUUUGCUACAUGCAUUAGAUCUUCGAGGGUUCCCGCAGACAGUUCUGAUUGAUACCUGGAUAUGCUCUCUGUCUAUGUCAGGUGCAAUGCUGAUCAUCCUCGCUGCAUCACACGUGCCUGCUCUGAAAGAGUUCAUUGGGUCACGAGCCACGCUUGUAGGGAGCCAUCUCGAGAAGUUGUUUCGAAACUGGCGUGAGGUAUCAUUUGGUGGAGAUUCACCGAGUGUUGAUCGAAGCAUGUGGCUCAUACAACAAGCGGAUAGUUACAUAAGGGAUUGCUAUUGA